GUCUGACCCACCGGAAUCAUGGCAACCAGCGCCGUCCCCAGCGACAACCUCCCCACGUACAAGCUGGUGGUGGUGGGGGACGGGGGUGUGGGCAAGAGUGCCCUCACCAUCCAGUUUUUCCAGAAGAUCUUUGUGCCUGACUACGACCCCACCAUCGAAGAUUCCUACCUGAAACACACAGAGAUUGACAAUCAAUGGGCCAUCUUGGACGUUCUGGACACGGCCGGGCAGGAGGAGUUCAGCGCCAUGCGGGAGCAGUACAUGCGCACCGGGGACGGCUUCCUCAUCGUCUUCUCCGUCACCGACAAGGCCAGCUUCGAGCACGUGGACCGGUUCCACCAGCUCAUCCUGCGCGUCAAGGACAGAGAGUCGUUCCCGAUGAUCCUCGUGGCCAACAAGGUCGAUUUGAUGCACUUGAGGAAAAUCACCAGGGAGCAAGGAAAAGAAAUGGCGACGAAACACAAUAUUCCGUACAUAGAGACCAGUGCCAAGGACCCACCUCUCAACGUUGACAAAGCCUUCCAUGACCUCGUUCGGGUCAUCAGGCAACAGAUUCCAGAGAAAAGCCAGAAGAAGAAGAAAAAGACCAAGUGGCGGGGAGACCGGGCCAGUGGUACCCACAAACUGCAGUGUGUGAUCUUGUGAUGGGCCGAGGUCCUGGGCACCAUGGCCGUGAGCUGGCCAGCCCUCGGGACCCCUCCACUGCCUAACUGCACUGAAAACCAUUUCUAACCACGACCUUGGCCCGAGGACUGGGCACGGGAAGGGAGAAAGGGAGGGAUGGCCCGGCACAGGCGGGCUGGCUUUGUGGAAGGGCACAGGCUUCCCUGUCCCUCCUGAGAGACAAGGAAGCCACCGUAAGAGAAGCGGCACCCACGCCUCUCGUGUGCCAACUCACCCGUCCCUCCCCUCCUGGUAGGCGUGCUGUGCCCCUGAACCACACAGUGCUGGUUCGCGUGGCCACGACCUCCAGGCACCAAGUACACAAGCCAUGGACGAGCUUCUCUGCCCCUGUCCGCAGUGUCUGAGCUCGGAUGUCUUUUGUAGACUUUUAAAUUAUUUUAGUGAUGUUAUUUUAUUAACGGAGUCUGGGCCCACGCCUGGGGAAGUUUCAGCAGGCCUCUCAAUGGCGACUUGUCUGGAGGAUCGUUUUUCUUCAGCUGAGUGUUCCCAGCAGUGCCAAACCUCCCCUCGAUCUGAAAGCAGAGCGACCGAGAGGCCAGAGCUAACGGGGGCCUCGCUGGGGAGACGCCCUCGCAGGCUGGGAGUCGAACCUGGAGGGAAACAGACCUUCCCAUGGCCUGGAGAGCGGAGAGGAGAUGCGUGUCUGCCCAGAAGCUGUGGCUGUGGUUGAGGGUACGCAUACGAGGAAAGAGGGUGUCAUGGUGCCGGGGCCAUGUCUGGCACGAGCGUGUCCCUUCUUGCAGGGUUUCCAUUGUCCCGGAAGUGUGGAAACCCCAGGAAGCCGGUGGCUUUGCCCAAAUGUUCCUUUCUAUUUCAGACAGUGUGGAUGACUUCUGUGUCCCUCCCGGGUUGGGGAGUGGGCCUGGCUCUCUCGGCUGUCUCUCCCUGAUUCACAUCCCCCAUGUUGCUGGCAUCUCUGUCGUGAGCGCACUGACACAUCAAAGCAGACUAAUGGACCCCAUCCAGAAAACUCCAGCUCAAGCUGACUCAACCCGAACUGACUCUGCUGUGUCGCCACCAGCACCUGAAGCCGUGUUCCCUUCGCAUCACCUGCACCUCUGUGCGCGCUGUCAACAAGCCAGCCCUUCCCAGACUUGCAGAUGGAGAACCCGGGCCCUCGUUGCCUUUUGGGAACACUUAUUAACCUCUUGGAUGUUGGCUAUAAUGUGUGAUCAGGGGUGAGCGAUAGGCUGGGCUGUUGUCAUGGCUCCCAAACACCUGCUUCCCUACUGAGACUGUCCCCCUCCUCCCCACCAGGUGCUGCUGGUGUGAACCAAAGACUGGGUGUUUUCCAGCCAGCGUGUGGGUGAGGGGCAGCGAGACCAACGGCAGACCCCCCGAGGGAAGGUCAGGCGAGGAGGUGGCCCAGCAAGUGACCUUACUUUCCAGAUGUUGCAUGUCAGGUCACUCUACCAACUAGAACAUUCUCUGCAGGGGGCCUGGCCAAGGAAAGUGAGCCCCCUGCUAAUGCCGGGGCACUUGGACUCCUCCAGCCCGGCAAGUGCAGGGAGCCCUGAGUGGGUGAGACCGGCGGCAGCCAGGAGGGCCCCUUGAAGAGCGAUUCUGGAAGGAAACAGCUGGGAUUUUGUCAACUGGAAGUCAAACUCCUAUCCCUCUCCAAGGCCCUUUUUUCUGUUCCUGAAAGGAAGGAUAAAGGGGAACAUUCCAGAGAAGGCACUUCAGAGUUCUCCAGUAACACGGGGACAUUCCAGCCCUGACUCUCCUCCAAGCCACACCCACAGCUGGCCCGGUGCAGGUUUGAUGGGCGCAGGAAGAAGAAAGGCGGUGGGACAAACAAGGGAGUAGGAGGUGCUUUGCAGCAGGAGAGCUGAGUGGCCCAAGAAGCCCUGCACCACGGCUGCAAGGAAACCUCCGGAGAGCGGAGUGCAGGAGUCCUUUAGAAGCAGAUCUAGAGCAAAGCCCUGGGUCAUAAAGGCAAAUGGACAUGGGUUCUGGCCUCUGCUGGUCCCCCACAGAAGGAGUGGCACACCUGUGCAUCCACAGCUUAAUUGCAAUGCCCAAGGGGAGCCCUCUGCAGUUCUGCAUUUGGACAGACGGUCAGCUUUCAUCGCCCGUGAAUCCUCAUUUGCCCCACACAGGAGAUGAGUUAAUAAUGCCCCAUUUUCAGAAACGGGACCUUGUGACGGAGGUGGCUUCUCGAUAGGCCAGAGUAGAAUGUACCUUGGGGCGGUCCCGGCCCAUCUUUUUCGUCAUCACCUGGCGGGGUCAGUCUAGAGAACCUGGUCGGCCAUGCCACUCCACGACUGAGGAGCCCAUGGGCACGUGUGUCUGUGUUCCCGCUGGUUUUCCAGAGAACAGGGCUGUCCACAUCUCCCGGAGCACACUCUUCCUGAAAUCCCCUCACCCCACGCCUCUGCCAUCGCGUGCUCGCAGAUUCCCUCCUGCUCUUCUGACCCCUCCCCUCACCCUCAAAGCCUGGGGCUGUGGCUGCUCACUUCUCCAUACUUGUCCACACAAGGGGCAUUUGAGUGUUUUCUCAAGACCUUGUCCACCACCUGCUCUCGCUCUGUGGCGAGCGCCUAGUUGGCCCACCAUGUUUGUGUCAUCACUGUACCGGGAGACUGACCCACUAACCCACAACAGCUCUGCCCCGAGGCUCCCAGACGUGUUGCAGUAAAUCCAGGGCCGCGGUUUCCUCCGUUAGCAGCCCACUGGGUUUGAGAGUCCAUGUCGGGUUUACGUAGAAUGAGAGAUACUUGAAUUCCUGAGUGCCUGGGAGCGCCCAGCUUCUGUCCCGCGGUGCGAACAGAUGGCAUUGUCGUGAGACGAGAGCGAAGCCUGCAGAUCUCGAUGACGCUUGAGCCUUUGAUGUAACUUUUUAUGAAGUCUUUGUGUAUCUUGACUCCUUAAUAAAGAGAGCGGCACUUGUCUGCCUUGCUUCC